AUUUGAACUCUAAGAACGUUUUAAUGUGAAUUAAUUAUUAAUUAAGAAAAUAUUUGUAAUAUAACAACAAAAAAAUAUUCAUUUUUGGUUGUUCACUUUAAAAUAAAUCAAUAUAUGUAUUUACAAAUAUAAAAUAGUUGUAAUAAAAAAAAUCACAAAAAGGAUAAAUAUUAUUUUUUACGAAUAUACUGCCUUAAAAAAUAUUUCUAUAAAGUAUAUAGUGUUUGCAACACUUCCAUUAUUACCUAUUAUGAUAAGAUAAAAAGAUAAGAUAUAAAAAUUGUUUUGAAAUACAUAAAUAGUAUAAGUCAAAGACAAUAUUACAGUAAAAAGUGCUGUGUUUCAUCAAAAAUUAGUCAUAUGGAAUUAUAUUGAUGACACAUCGAAUUAAACUGAAUUGAAAGAUCUUAUUACAAUUUUAGUAAUAGUUGUUCCAGUUUGCUACUAAGCACAAAAACAUUUAUAAGGCCAUAUUAACACAGAAAAUGAUUUCAAGCAGCAUAAAAAACAGCCUGCGUUUUUACACGACAGGAGUGAUAUUUAUAUUGAUGACAGUGAUCUUUAGUAGUAACCUCUAUUGUAUAGCAGCUCCAGUUGUGUCAAAAACAACACAAGCACAAUUAUACCUUUCACAAUUUGGUUACCUCAGUCCAUCUCUGCGAAACCCAAGUAGUGGAAGUUUAAUCGAUGGAGACACUUGGGAAAAAGCAAUUAUGGAAUUCCAAAGCUUUGCAGGCUUAAAUGCAACUGGAGAAUUAGAUGACGAGACUAUGGAAUUGAUGUCGGCACCUAGAUGCGGCGUAAAAGACAAAGUCGGAUUUGGGUCAGAUACACGUUCUAAGCGGUAUGCCUUACAAGGUAGUCGAUGGAAGGUCAAAGCUUUGACUUACAGAAUUAGUAAAUAUCCAAAACUGUUGAACCGCAAAGAUGUCGAUGAAGAAAUUAGCAAAGCAUUCGCAGUUUGGAGUGAAUAUACGGACUUAACGUUCACACCAAAAUCAAAGAAUCCAGUUCACAUUGACAUAAGAUUUGAGAGUGGCGAACACGGCGAUGGUGAUCCAUUUGAUGGAGUUGGUGGUACAUUGGCACAUGCUUACUUCCCUGUAUAUGGUGGCGAUGCACAUUUUGAUGAUGCGGAAUACUGGACUAUCAAGAGUACGCGUGGAACGAAUCUAUUUCAAGUAGCAGCUCAUGAGUUUGGACACUCACUUGGUCUAAGCCAUUCUGAUGUUCGCUCCGCUUUAAUGGCUCCAUUUUAUCGUGGCUAUGAUCCAGUAUUCCGUUUAGAUUCAGACGAUAUCCAGGGUAUUCAAGCUUUAUAUGGUCGUAAGUCGUCAGGAUCACCGCAGCAGCCAACUAUUAAAACAACAAGACGACCGACAGUGGUGCAAAAUGAUGAACAAAACGAGUUGUGUAAGAGUCCAAAAGUGGAUGCCGUAUUCAAUACUGCUGAUGGAAAUACGUAUGCAUUUAAAGGAGACAAAUAUUAUAGACUGACAGAAAAUGCUGUUGCCGAAGGAUAUCCGAAAAAGAUUAGUGACGGUUGGCCAGGUUUAGAGCCUAACAUUGAUGCAGCUUUUACAUAUAAAAAUGGAAAAACGUACUUCUUCAAAGGAACAAAAUAUUGGAGGUACAGUGGUAGAACUGUAGACGGUGACUAUCCCAAAAAAAUCAGUGACGGUUUCACUGGUGUGCCAGAUCACUUAGACGCAGCAUUAGUUUGGGGUGGAAAUGGUAAAAUUUAUUUCUAUAAGGGAAAUCGUUUUUGGCGAUUCGAUCCUUUGAAACGACCACCAGUCAAAUCAACAUAUCCCAAACCUAUUUCCAAUUGGGAGGGUAUUCCAAAUGAUAUUGACGCAGCUUUGCAAUACACAAAUGGGUAUACGUAUUUCUUUAAAGGCGACAAGUACUAUAGAUUUAACGAUCGAACAUUUACCGUUGAUCAAGCUGAUCCUCCAUUCCCUAGACCUGUAGCACAUUGGUGGUACGGUUGCUCGAAUGUCCCUGCGACAUUUAGUCAAUCAGGUAACGUGAAACAAGAUCCUGAAUCAGGAAAUAACGACGUCGAUGGUUCCUUUUUAGAUGCAGCUGGAAACGACUAUCCAUCACCAGCACAUGAUGAAUAUCCUAGUGGAGCUGCCAAUAAAGAAGAGCUUGUCUUCAGUAUUAAAACAAUUUCCGUAUUUCUACCUUUAUUAAUAAUGAAGUUUUAUCGAUAGACAUUAGAAAAUGUUCUAAGAAGGUAUAGCAUGAUGUUUCCAUAUGUUAGAAUAGAAAAAAUCAUUUGUUUUGUAAAUAAUUUUUUAGUCUGUUCUUUAUCUACUUAUAUUUUUUAUAUAUUUGAGAUAACGGUUAAACCUUAAAUUUAAUAAUUGUUUCAAAAUAGAAAGGAACAAAUUUUUUAACUAGGUAGGUAAAUAGUUUUUUUUUUGAAAAUAUUUGUGCAAUGUCAUUCUAAACGACCAUAAAUUCCUUAUAGAUUUAUAUAUUAAAAAAAAUAAUUAUAAAUUUAUAUCAUAAGCAGACAUAAGAAGACAUAUCUACAAAAAGUAAGGCACGU